UUCUUCCCCCAAUCAUUCGUGCACUCCCUGGAGACCUCUGAAGCCAAGGAAAACCCUAGCCCUUCAUCGCCGCCGCCGUCCCCAGGUCCUCAGCGCCGCCGCUGCUUCCUCUUCCCCGUGUCGUUUUCAUCUUCGCUGGCACGUCGUUUUCAUCUUCCUCUUCCCCAGGUAGCUCGGCACGUCGUUUUCAUCUUUGCUGGCUUCUCGGCACGGAACCCAGCUCUCUGGAUAAAAUUGUAACGACUAACGAAAGCUGAUUGGGACUUUUUCUUCUACUUAAGCAGUUCUUCUAAGUAUUGUACCCCUAUCCGUUGAGGGUUUGUUGAAAGAAGAAAGGAGAUGUCGUACCUGUUGCCGCACUUGCAUUCGGGAUGGGCGGUGGAUCAGGCGAUUCUUGCGGAGGAGGAGCGUCUCGUUGUCAUCCGCUUCGGCCAUGAUUGGGAUGAGACCUGCAUGCAGAUGGAUGAAGUGUUGGCAUCAGUUGCUGAAACAAUAAAAAACUUUGCUGUAAUUUACCUUGUGGACAUCACGGAGGUUCCUGAUUUCAACACCAUGUACGAGCUCUAUGACCCAUCCACAGUGAUGUUCUUCUUUAGGAACAAGCACAUUAUGAUAGACCUUGGCACUGGAAACAACAACAAGAUCAACUGGGCUCUCAAGGACAAGCAAGAGUUCAUCGACAUUAUCGAGACAGUUUACCGAGGGGCAAGGAAGGGCCGUGGUCUCGUGAUUGCCCCCAAAGAUUAUUCAACCAAGUACCGUUACUAAGCCUCACAAGCAAACAUUGCUGCUUUCUUGUAAUCACCAUAUAUUGUGCAUCAUACCUUUGAUGUUUCUGGAUCUGUAAGACAAUUCCUGUGUUUAAUUUUUCUUCCAAAAACUGCUUAGCUGCUAUUACCAGCAAUAUAUGGUGGCUUUACUGCUUAGCUGCUUAGUCUGUUUUUAUCAUGUUAGCGGAGCAGUGCUCUGCUCUGGUAGCAUGCAACGUGUUAUUUGGCGAAAAUUGCAACAGGUGCUCUUACUUAUAAAUUAUAAUCUAUGAUUGCAACUUUCUCAUUA